CUUCCCACUCAGGCCGACGGCAGUGAGGGCUCGCCUGCCCCCGCGCAGCCCCGGCCCGGUGGAGGCCUACGCGCAUCCGUCCCCGCGGCACCCCGGGCGGGGUCGCUAUGGCGGAGCACGGCGCUCACCUGACGGCGGCGGGCGGCGGCGAGGAGGCUCCGUCCAUCUUCGAGGCGGUGGCUCAGGACAGCCUGAUGGCGGUUCUGCGGCCCGCGCUGCGCCACGUGGCCAAGGUUCUUGCUGAAUCCAAUCCUGGCCGUUAUGGCUGCCUCUGGACUUGGUUUGAUGAGAUCUAUGCACUCCUGGACCUACUGCUCCAGCAGCAUUAUCUGUCCAAGUGCAGUGCUUCUUUUUCUGAAAACUUCUAUAGCUUAAAGAGGACAGUGUUGGGACACAGCAAGGGGCCAUGUCGGCUGGCAAGUGCUGGACUUCCAAAGCAGCAGCACUGGAAGUCUCUCCUCCUGCUGGUUCUCAUUCCUUACCUGAAAGGGAAGUUGGAGAAACUGGUCUCCAGCUUAAGAGAAGAAGAUGAAUAUUCCAUCCACCUUCCAUCCUCUGCCUGGAAGCGCUUUUACAGGGCCUUUCUAGCAGCCUACCCAUUUGUAAACAUGGCCUGGGAGGGCUGGUUUCUCAUCCAGCAGCUCUGUUACAUCCUUGGUAAGACGCAACACCAUUCACCGCUGCUAAGGCUGGCUGGUGUACGCCUGGUAAGAUUGACAGUGGAUGAUAUCCAGGCCUUGGAGAAGAAACUGGUUGCAGCUACUGCAAGCCACAGCAUCAAGGACCAAGUGCAUGCAGCAGUGAAGAAAGUAUUGGGAGGUGUUGCCUUCUCUCUGUCCACUGGUCUCUCUGUGGGUGUGUUCUUCCUGCAGUUUCUGGACUGGUGGUACUCAUCUGAAAAUCAGGAGACCAUCAAAUCUCUGACUGCACUCCCUACUCCUCCACCCCCCAUACACCUUGACCACGGCACAGGCUCACCUCUCUUACCAAAACUGAAGACAGUGUGUCCACUCUGCCGCAAGAUCCGAAACAAUGACACCGUCUUGUCCACAUCAGGCUUUGUGUUCUGUUACCGCUGUGUUUAUAACUAUGUAAAGAGUCACCAGAGAUGCCCGAUUACUGGCUAUGCGACAGAACUGCAGCACCUUGUCAAGCUGUAUUCCCCUGAAAGCUGAAAGGACUGAACUCUACCUCUACCUGACAUACAACUCAGGUCUUACAUAAUCUAGGCUCUCUUACACCCUGAAUAUACUCUUUGUGCCAACACAAAAGACUGUCACCAAAGGCAGGAAAAUGUACGGUGCCAGCUUAUGACUAGUAUAACUGGGCACUAUGGCACAUUUGGACUUUAAUGGCAGUAGUAGAGUUUUUGCUGCCUUGCCGAAAUUUUAACAAGCCUUGGCUUCAUCCAGUUUGAACACAUUAGAACAAGAUUGUCAGGUUCAGCUACAACUAUAUGCUGUCAUUAGGGUUACCAGUGCCUUAAACACUGAAGUUGUGAAGUUACACUAAAUAACAGGGAAUGUCCAAUUGGAUAACAAAGCAUGCAUUUAGGAAAGAUUAAAGAGACUAUCAAAAUCUGGAGGAGAUAUAAAUCCUGCUUAAAGGCAGUAAUUAGCCACUGAAGGGACUGGGACAGGAGAUGGGGGGGGGAGGGGGGGGGGAGAGAAUCUUAGCCUCUAGAUAAACUGUUUAAUCUCUCAUUGCAGGGCCUCUUGAACCUUCCUUAAACUCAGGGUCUUAACCAAUUUUGGUACCCUGAGCAGACAGCAUCACAGUUUAUAUAGGUGCACUCCUAGAUACCUCUCCUCUGCUAAUUCUUCUGCUGUUAAGCUUUCUCACAUUACCAGGCUACUCAUUUUAGUAUUGAUAAAUGUUCAGAGUGCCUAUCAACCAUUUAGGCAGACAAGGUUCUUUGGGGGAAUUUGAUAAAAGAUAUCAAAUUCACCCAAGGAACCUUGUCUGCCUAUGUCCUUAGACCAACACGGCUACAACCUACACCCCUGUCAACCAUUUAUAAAUGUAAGCUUUUUGCCUUUGGAAAUGAGAUUUACAAAGCAACCAAUACAAGCAUGAACAAAGGAGAGGAUUCGCUGUCUGAAUUAGGCUUACUCAGUAUAGGCAGCAAAUUCCAUUACAGCAGGAAUGGUGCCCGUGCAGUUUUUAAAAAUCCUUGGAUUUGCUGAAGUUGUCCCCUUAUCUUGUUAGUAACCAUUUUUUCAGUAAAAAAAAAAAAAAGCUGCAUCUCUCCUGUUCUUCUUGGCUAUUAGGACUUUUGAAAUUGGGCACUUGGUAUUUGGUAAAUUUCUGUUGUCUAAUAUUUGAUAAACACAUUUUGCUCCUCUAAGUACCAUAUUUAUAUGAAUUAGCUGAGGCCACAGCUACCUUUAUCUUAAGAUGUUCAUAGGCACAGGGGAUGAAGAUCCUGUGCAUAAAACCUUGCAUGCUAGAAAUUAGCUGAAGAUAGUGUCUUCAUAUUAAUAAGGAACCAAAGCAUCAAGUUGCAACUGGACCAGACCCAAUUUAAACUAGCCACACCUGUAGCAUAACCUCAUUUAGCAAGUUACAUCUAUUUCAUCAUAUUGAAGGAUUUGCUCCAUGAAGCUAGGGAAUGCAGUGAAGGUAAACUUUAUGCUUUAAACUUUAUGCUUUAAAGUUGAUGCCUGAUUUAGAGUUUUGACCAAUUUUAAGGAACAAAUGUCUAAGAACAAUGGUGAUUUUCUAUUGCAAGUGCUCUAGGGGCAACAGUAAGCUAUCCCAGUGUGGCAUUAACUGGCGUUUCUACAAGUUAUUCUAAACUCCUUGAUGUCAAUAUGUGGUUUUAGAUUAAGACCAAAGCCCCUUGUUACGCUCUAAGUCAAGGGUUGGCAAUCUUUUAGUGCCAGUCUUCUGCUGCUGCCCCAACCAUUCAUGCUUCAUUCUCUCCCCUCCCCCGCCCCAACAUAGCCUGCUUACUGGGUGCAGCUGAAAAGUAUGCCAAACAGCGGCCAGGAGCAAUGAUUACAGGAGAAAGGACAACCAGGCACUGGAAGGAGGAGAGAGAGCAGAAAGGCCAGGGAUGGUAGCAGCAGGGAGCUUGGGAAUGCAGCCCCUUUAAAUCAGCCCAGAGCUGCUACACCCUCCCUCAUGUCUCCAUCUUUUAAUGCAAAAAUACCUUAUUAAAAGGUCAGAUUCAACACAAGAUGAUCAAUAUCUUAAAAGGCUUUUAAUACAAGCUUACUACAGUUUCAUAUGUGGCAUUGAUUCAUGUCUCCAUUCUAUCACUUCUAUUUCAACAGAUUUUUUUAUCCUCCCUCUGAGAAAUUGAUACUCAAGGAAACCAGACUGCACAAACCUUUUUUGGAUAGUCCCACUGAUUUCAGUGCAAGUCCUUAUAUAAACAAUGACUAUAGGCCUGGGUUUAGAGUAUACGGAAGAGUUUGAGGAUGUCAUUUUAUUGUUUCCAGGACCUUUUGUUUUCUAGUAGUGCUGAUCUUUCAUUUGUAGCAGAGGUGAAAAUGGCUUCUAUCUGCCUGUCAUAGCCCAUGGGACAAAUAUCAAGGACAAUUCAGUCACUGACGUGUACCAUCAUAAUUAUGUUAAUUAUGUUUGUCAUUAGCAUUAUGCUUGGUCCUAUGGACUUAGGUUAAUUUUAAAAUCAGUGACUCAUUAUAGAGGUGAACUAAGAUUUAUCUAAUUUAAAAGUGAAGAGUGGAAUUAGACUGGCUACUUUAAGUAAAAGUAAAUACAUCUUG